AUGGCGGCCCCGCGGCUGCAGCUGACGCUGGCGCUGCUCAAGCCGGACGCGGUGGCGCAUCCGCUGGUGCGGGAGGCCGUGCACGCCGCCAUCCUCCGCCACCGGUUCCUCAUCGUGCGCGCCAAGGAGCUGCGGUGCGGCCCCGAGCAGAGCCGCCGCUUCUACCGGGAGCACGCGGGGCGGUUCUUCUACCAGCGGCUCGUGGAGUUCAUGGCCAGUGGCCCCAUGUGGGCUUACAUCCUGGCCCACGAGAACGCCGUCCCUCGCUGGAGAUCCCUGAUGGGACCCACCAAAGUGUUCCGAGCGCGAUACAGCGACCCGGACUCCAUCCGAGGAGCCUACGGCCUCACGGACACCAGGAACACCACCCAUGGCUCAGACUCGCCCGCCUCAGCCAGCAGGGAAAUCGCCUUUUUCUUCCCCGAGUUCGAUGAGCAGCGCUGGUACGAGCAGGACGAGCCGAGGCUGCGCCAGGGGCGGGUGUUCUACAGCCCCGAGGAGCGCGUGCACCACGUGCUCGAGGCGGAUGAGGCCGAGGUGACCUGAGUUACCUGCGGUAGGGCUUGGCUCUGCUGAGCUGGCAGCGCCUCUGGGUGCUCUGUGGGGGUACCAGACGGAGAGUUGUGCCACGCUUUAGGGACCGAGGGAGGGGGAGAGCCUCGUGUGGGUGCUGCUGUGUUCCCCAGGGUCACGUCAUGCUCUCUGGGGUCAGGCGGGUGCUGGGGUGCUGUAGGAAGAGCUCCUUCAGCAGUGUUCCCACUGACAGUCUGGCCACGCAGCUCACUGGGCCCUCAAGUUUAUUUGGGUAUGAAUAAGACAGGUGAGUUGGUCCAGGGCCAGGUGGAUCAGAGGUUGCUUGUUCCAGUUGCUUUUGCUGGUGGUAGGCCUUGGGUUCUCUGUUGGCUGUUCCCACUGUGCCUUAGGGAGAAAAGAGGGGAAAAGAGCC